UAGGUAACAAAUGGUACACUCUAAGAAGGAAAGCCCCCAGCCUAUUCAAGUAGGUCAGUCUUAAAUAUUUUAAGUUCUACUAAGUUGUUCACAUCAAACAAAUAUCAAUUCAGCUCAACCUUCAUUUUCCCAAGAAACAUUAUGAUUGAUUAGAUUUCUGAGUACCAUGAGAUCUUCUUAGGAAUCCCUAUCAUCUAGACAAGGUCUUGGUUAUACUUUAACAUUUUUUACCUGCUCUUCUCAUCACCAGAGGUCAAGAGGAUGCUCAUUGGCUGCAUCCAGAUAUGGCAGGAUAUGCUGGUUUACAUAGAGGGUGAAGUAAGUUUCAUACCAAAGACCUGCACUAAAGACUGACAAUAUAAUACAUAGACCGAUUGCAGAUUUGGCCUGUGAUAUUUGAUUCUGUAGGUUUAUUAAUAUUUUAACCUCUUUCCCAAUAUAUCAUGAUCUACCGAAGAUGAGAAAGCACUAUAGUAAGCCAUCUUAUGGUUUUUUUUUUUCCAGCAAAGACCACAACACAGAGCUGUGUUAAUGAAUAUGAACUGAGUGAAUAUGGCAAAGAUGGCAUGGCAGCCUCCCUGUCGCCCUCACCAAGCAGGCUCAAAUAAGAAGUCAGACAGCCAUCAAAACUUCCUGGUUGUCUGAUGAUGAUGAUUGUAGUAAGAACACAGGCAGAUGACGACUGGAUGGUCCUGGCUCUGUCACCUCCUUGGUUGGGAAAGCAGCAGCAUGCUUGGGCUGUGCAUCACAGCCUGCCAAGGAUAAAAGGGCUGCUGCCCUGGACCAUUCAUCCACAGCCUCUUCAGCUCAGCCUUCUCCUCCUGCCUUUGCUGCAUCUGACUGACUCCUGAAAGAUGUCCUGCCAGCAGAACCAGAAGCAGUGCCAGCCUCCUCCCAAGUGCCCCUCCCCGAAGUGCCCCCCAAAGAGCACAGCACAGUGUCUGCCUGCAGCCUCCUCCUGCUGUGCUACAAGCUCUGGGGGCUGCAGUGUCCCCAGCUCUGAGGGAGGCUGCUUCCUGAGCCACCACAGGCGCAGGUUCCACAGAUGCAGGCGCAGGAGCUCCAGUUCCUGUGAUCGUGGCAGUUCCUGUGACCGUGGCAGUGGUCAGCAUUCUGGGGGCUCAGGCUGUGGCCACAGCUCUGGGGGUUGUUGCUGA